AGACACCGGGUACGUACGAAACUGACGUGACGUCACUUUAGUCGCCGUUUUCUAUUGUCGCUAGUGAGACUCCGAGAAAGCAACAUAAUUAACUAAAAUGGCCGAAAACGACGUUGAGCAAGAGCUGUUGGACUACGAGGAGGAGGAACAUGACGCCACGCAGGAGGCCGGGGGUGAUGCGACCACCCAGGUGGUGGCCAAAAAAGACGUGAAAGGCACGUACGUGUCCAUCCACAGCUCCGGGUUCCGCGACUUCUUAUUGAAGCCAGAGUUGCUCCGGGCCAUCGUGGACUGUGGCUUUGAGCAUCCCUCAGAAGUUCAACAUGAGUGCAUUCCGCAAGCCAUCCUGGGCAUGGACGUCUUGUGCCAGGCCAAGAGCGGUAUGGGCAAGACAGCUGUCUUUGUUCUCUCCACUCUGCAGCAGUUGGAGCCUGUCUCUGGUCAGAUUGGUGUACUUGUCAUGUGCCACACCCGCGAGCUGGCCUACCAGAUCAAGAAAGAGUACGACCGCUUCUCCAAGUACAUGAAGGACAUGCAGGACAAAGUGGCCGUCUUCUUCGGCGGGCUGAGCAUCCAGAAGGACAUGCAGCGGCUCAAGACGGACCCGCCGCACAUCGUGGUGGGCACGCCGGGCCGCCUGCUGGCCCUGGUGCGCAACAAGUCCCUCAACCUCAAGAACGUCAAGCACUUCAUCCUGGACGAGUGCGACAAGAUGCUGGAACAGCUAGACAUGAGGAAAGACGUGCAGGAGAUCUUCCGUUCUACGCCCCACGAGAAGCAAGUCAUGAUGUUCAGCGCUACACUCAGCAAAGAGAUCCGCCCAGUCUGCAAGAAGUUCAUGCAAGACCCCAUGGAGGUGUACGUAGAUGACGAGACCAAGUUGACCCUGCAUGGUCUGAUGCAGUACUACGUCAAACUGAAGGACAACGAGAAAAACCGCAAGCUGUUUGACCUGCUGGAUGUUCUGGAAUUCAACCAGGUGGUGAUCUUCAUCAAGAGUGUGCAGCGCUGCAUGGCUCUCUGCCUACUCCUGGUGGAGCAGAAUUUCCCUGCCAUCAGCAUCCAUCGCGCUAUGCAGCAGGAGACAAGGUUACAAAACUACAAGCUGUUCAAAGAUUUCGAGAAGCGUAUCUUGGUGUCCACCAACCUGUUUGGCCGAGGCAUGGACAUUGAGAGAGUCAACAUCGUCUUCAACUACGACAUGCCUGAAAACUCGGACACCUACCUUCACAGGGUUGCCCGUGCUGGCCGUUUUGGCACCAAGGGUCUGGCCAUCACCUUCGUCUCGGACGAGAACGACGCCAAAAUCCUGAAUGACGUGCAAGACCGCUUCGAGGUCAACAUCACAGAACUCCCCGAAGAAAUUGACAUGGCCUCCUACAUUGAACCUGACAGAUUCCAGUGAUCUGCAAGCAAGUUCCGAGCGGUUCGUCAGCCUUGUGAUCUGAAAUUCUCCUGGACAAGACUUGGCAAAUCUGUGGGAGGGAAAGUCUUGCUGAAACCUAUCUGAACCUUUUUCGAGCCAGUAAUCUCCAACACGGUGCCAAGCUAGUUCAAAACCAGUGGAUUAAACGUUAAAUAUCAAUCAUCAACAUUCCAAGUUGGUUGGCUUUUCGUGGAUCUGUGAACUUCAAAAAUCAAUGAGUUUGCAUCAGUUGCGAAAAGUCAAUCUAAGCCCGUUUAGAAUUUGAGAGAAAUUUUUGAAGAGAGUAGUGGGCUUGAGGUUGCUUAAACCGGUUUGUUCCUCCAGUAUGCAGUUUGAACUGGUUCUCACUGUUAAAGGGCCACUUUUUAGGGCGGAUUUUUUAAAAUGUAUUUUGACCAUAACUCCAUAAUUCGACUUCAGUGUAUAAAUCCAGACAAAGACCUUGAACACUUGUGAAUAAUUUCAUGGCUAAUGCUUGGCCUAUUUUAAUGAGGUUGCAUUUUCACUGGACUUUGAGUAUUUUAACAUCCAAAGAAACCCCUGUUGAGAGAAAAAAACCCAUGAAAUUAGUUAUAUUAAAGAAAGAUGUGGUUGAACAAACAUUAAAAAAAACAUUAAUGUAAUGCAGAUGGGUUUCAUGCUUUUAAACUUUUAUUUUUUUCUUUUUGUCAUGUACAUGUAGUUACUAUUCUCUGUACAUAUUGAUGUUAGUGUUUUAGCUUUUAAAGUGAUUUUGAAUGACACAUGAUUUUUUUUCCUUCCGUGCUGCCAUAACUCAGAGAUACUUAACAUAUACAUUGACCGAAGUACAUAUGCAGACUACAGUAAUUUGACAAUCUCAUUGAAAUUCUGACAUUGCUUGAACCUAUACACGUGGCCGUGUAUGCUGUGUUCCAACAGGCCAUGAUUCAAGUGUUAAGCAGUUGUAGCAGCCUGUAUUUUUUAUGAAGUCAGAUAUUGUUAUAAAAUAAAUAGCUGCCGAGUACCUUUUUCCUCAACAAUUCAAGAAUUAUUUUGUCUGUGGCAAAAAGAGUUUAAUUGUAAAAAAAAAAUGGCUGUUGAAUUCAACAUUGUGAUAGUUUUGUCAAUAAUUUUGUUCAAUAUUGUAGCACAAAAAAGUGUUCAAAUGUAAGCUGUUUCAUUGGAAAAAUCAUGUACAUGUACUUCAAAGGUCAGCCUUUUUUUUUUACCUUUUCAUUUCCAGUUUUAUGGAUACCCCAAGGGUUUAGUUUCGUUCGAAAGUGCAUUUUAUAUGUGUUCAAUUAUGGGAAUUAAAUAAAUAGUGUUGUUUUAAGACUGGG